AUGAAAACAUUAAAAUCUCUACUGGCAUCGGCUAGUUUGCUCUUCGCGAGCACGGCCUCUGCCCAAUUCCGCUAUUGUCCCAUCGACAACAAAUUCUGCAUGGGAGUAGCCGUCCCCCAAGUCUCCGCCCAAUCCAACUCCGGCAACCUCUACUUCCAAAUCCAAGCCCUCGACACCUUCACCUGGGUCUCCAUCGGCACCGGCUCCAGCAUGUCCGGCUCCAACAUCUUCGUCGUCUACCAAGACGGCUCCGGCAACGUCACCGUCAGCACCCGCUCCGGCACCGGCCGCACCAUGCCCCGUUUCCAGAGCGACACCCAGAUCCAGCUCCUCGCGGGCUCCGGCGUCUCAAACGGCGUCAUGACCGCCAAUGUCGUUUGUAGUAACUGCCAGUCGUGGAGAGGAGGGUCAAUGGAUCUGUCCGCUAGCUCGUCGCCUUGGAUCGCUGCUUGGAGGUCGGGGAAUCCGUUGAAUACAGCCGACACCAGUGCUACUAUUGCGCAGCAUUCGGAUUUCGAUCAGUUUAGGAUUGAUUUGUCGCAGGCGGCUGUUGCGCAGGAUGUCAAUCCUUUCUCGACGGGCGCUUCGACUGGGUCCGGAAACUCGGGGACUGAUAGCAACAGUGGAAAUACGAAUGGUAGCGGAGGCGUCAAUACCAUCGGGAGCGGGAGCACCAAUGGUGCUUCCAGUGGGUCUAGUGAGAGUCGGACUGCAGACUUGAUCCGUAUCCAUGGUGUCCUCAUGGCUGUUGCCUUCGUCAUCCUGUAUCCUGUCGGUGCUCUCUUGAUCCCCCUGUUCGGAAGGUGGUAUCUCCACGCUGGAUGCCAGACCGUCGCCUUCCUCGUCAUGUGGGGCGGAUUCGGUACCGGCUACGCCAGAGCCGAUGCAACUGACGAGCUCUUCAAACAAGCCCACACCAUCCUCGGCGCCAUCGUCACCUUCGCCAUGGUCCUCCAACCCGUCCUCGGCCUCCUCCACCACCGCCACUACCUAAAACACCAGUCCCGCGCCGUCGUCAGCUACGCCCACAUCUGGUACGGCCGCGUCCUCAUGCUCCUCGGCGUCGUCAACGGCGGCCUUGGUCUCCGCAUGGCUGACUCCCCGAGCCCCUUCGUCAUUGCCUAUGCCGUCCUCGCUGCCGUCGUCGGCGCUGCUUAUGGAGCCUCCACACUCAUCGGCUCCAUGAGGAAGAGCAGGGAGGCGCAGGAGAAGCAGGUCGGUAGCACGUAUUCGCCUACUUUUGUGGGUGGUACUGGGUACAGUGGGAUCGGGAAUGAUAAUACUAAUAAUAACAACUAUGGCGAGUAUCCUAGGCGGGAGGAUAUUCCUGCACAGUUCCAGUUUCAGAGGAGGGAUCGGGGGGAUUACCGAUGA